AUAUGUCUUGGGAUUGCCACUUGUCUGACCUUCCCCACACUGUGGAUUCUUGUCUUUCUCUUUCUCUCUCUCUCUCUCUGUAAUUUUCCUCUUAACCUCUUCGCUUCCCUUUCUUCCUUCUUCUCACUUCACCUUUUCCCUCCCUCCUCCUCUCUCUCUAUCCUGAAAGAUUAGGUUUAAAGCAACAAGGUGUUUAUUUUAGUAAUCUUGUUGCUGGAGAUGUCAAGUUGAUUCCAUUGUUUAAGGGAGCAGAAAGAAGCUUCUCAUUUUUUUGAAUUGCCACUAAUCUUGCUUACAAUGUAUCCGAACCAAGCGUUUUCUUCGGGAUCUUACGCCGAGAUGAUUUCUGGGAAUACUUUGUUACCUCAUAAUUACAGUGAAUCUGUAGGAGGACAAAAUGAGUUGAAGUUUAUGACAUCUAUGGAUGAUACAAUGAAUAUGCUGUCUAUUGAUCAGGGGCAUUCCAAUGCUACUACGAGCGAUCCAAGGACACAAUUCGGACUCGUUGAGAGCGAGCAAAAUGUACAAUGCCAAGGCCUGUCUCUUAGCCUUGGGACAAUGAUGCCUUCCUUUCAAUAUCAGUAUCCCGGCAACAGUUUCACCUCACUAAUGAAUGCUCAAAUUUCAAACUUGAAGGGGUCUGCAUCUCUUAAGGAUGAUGAGGCUGAGUGCAUGGCAUCUUUGUCUUCUGGAGGAUUUCAAAACAAUGUCAAAAGGGAGGGUUUGUAUAAUCCACAUCCUUCAAUAGGCCUUAAUGAAGGCCAAUCUGAUCCGUGCCUGCAAGGAUCAGCAGUUAUUCCGAACAAUGCCCUUAACUCUCACUACCUUAAGGCAGCACAGGAACUUCUUGAUGAAAUAGUUAAUGUCCGAAAGGGCUUGAAACAAACCGGAUUGGAAAAACAACAAAGUUUUCACGAUGCUGGUUUAGAUGCUUCCAAAGAUUCUGAUGGAAAAUCUACAAGUCAAUCUAUGCAAGUAUCUUCAGGCCCUAAUGGUUCUAAUGCAAACAACUCUUCAUGUGAGCUAUCUCCCGCGGAACGACAGCAUUUAUUGGACAAGAAAACAAAACUUUUGUCCAUGUUGGAUGAGUUAGACAAAAGAUACCGACAAUACUGUCAUCAAAUGCAGAUUGUUGUGUCAUCUUUUGACAUGGUUGCUGGUUGCGGCGCAGCCGAACCAUACACUGCUCUUGCUUUGCGCACCAUUUCUCGUCACUUUCGCUGUUUGCGUGAUGCUAUUAGCGGCCAAAUUCAGUUGACUCAAAGGAGCCUUGGUGAACAAGAGGGAAUACCUCGUCUCCGCUAUGUUGAUCAACAGCUUAGACAACAAAAAGCUCUUCAGCAGCUUGGUGUAAUGAGACAAGCUUGGAGACCUCAGAGAGGACUUCCUGAAAGCUCUGUGUCAAUACUCCGUGCGUGGCUCUUUGAGCAUUUCCUUCAUCCUUAUCCAAAGGAUUCAGAGAAAAUCAUGUUGGCAAGACAAACAGGCUUGACCAGAAACCAGGUGGCGAAUUGGUUCAUUAAUGCGAGGGUGCGUCUUUGGAAACCAAUGGUCGAAGAAAUGUACAAAGAAGAGUUUGGUGAUUCGGAGACAAGCAGCAAUCUUUUAUCAGAAAACACGCCAAAAGCUCCGAGAGACGAUGAUGUUCGAGUGUGGGAUGAUAAAAGGGAAGAGUCUCAUGACAAGUUAAUGAAUGUUGAUGGUGCUCAACAACAAGGUCAAAUUGCAGGGUUGAAGUUAGAUCAUGCAUCCUCCUCAACCACAGAAUUGGAUAGAGGGAUUCAAAGUAGCGAUCAUUGGACUAAUGUGAUGGAUUCUAGAAUUGGGAAAAUGCAAGGUGACCAACAAAGGUUUAACAUGAACAAUAGUCCUUAUUCAAAUCCACCUAUCUCAAUCAACCAAAAUGGUGAUGGCUGCAUAAUGGAUUCUACUCCUACAACUUAUGAUGAUUUAUCAGAGUUGAAUAACUUUGGUGUUGGUGGCCAUGUCUCACUUGCAUUGGAGUUGAGGAACUCUGAAAGUGAUGGAUUUGGUUUGUCCAAUGAUGACAUCAAUAAAAGGCGUAAUCAAGCAAUGGCUUCUUCACCUGAUACUGAUUUGUUAGACUAUCACUUCACAGACACUGGAAAGCAACAACACAAGUUUGCCAACCCUCAUUUGUUACAUGAGUUUGUUGUCUGAAUUGAAAGAACUGUGUUUGGAGAGCGACCUAUUGUCUGCACUCAGCAAUCCCAUGCAUUAACGCAGUUACCACAUCAAUGGUCGUUGGAUCGAGAUAAAACGGUCUAGAUUUCGAUACAAAUUUUGAUUUUUUUUUAAGAAAAAAAACUAAAAUAUCAGUUUGAAAUUUCGAUCAUCCGAUCCCGAUCCAACGGUCAAUGUUGUGAUGACUGCUUGCAUGCAUGAGAUUGUUGACUGUGGACAAUCUGAAUUCAUCAUAUUCAUGGCGUCACCGCACAUCUAUCUCAAAGCUACAACUACUAGCUUCACGCUGAUCGUGCGUCCUGAUAUAUCCACCGUGUUUCCAAACACAUCAAAAUCUUUGGAAUUUUUUUAAUGUUUUUUUGAAGGUAAGUAUGAAAAAUGUGUACUUCAAAAAAGUAGAAACUAUUCAUAUUAUUGUUGUCCAAAGUGAAUCAUAAAGGCUAAAGCUAUAUGUAAAGCAUGAACCGUGCAAAAUAUACACGUAGGUAUGUGUAGAUAGUGUUUUGUAAUAUUGUGGGGUGAUUGGUUGUAUGUAUGUGCAGCAAUUUUGUAAGGACAAAGAACAUAUCUAAUGCAUCAUCAUCAAUAUCAUGAAUAAGGAAAGAAUCUUUUGUGAAGAAA